ACCUGAGGACUCUCUGACCUGGAGGACCCCUCACCUGUGGGACCCUCUGACCUGAGGAGACCCCUCACCUGGGGGACCCUCUCACCUGGAGGACCCCUCACCUGGAGGACCCCUCACCUGGAGGACCCUCUUACCUGGAGGACCCUCUCACCCCGAGGACCCUCUCACCCCCACCUAGAGGACCUCGCCAUAUGAAGGACUCCCACCUGGAGGACCCUCUUACCUGGGGGACCCCAUCUCACCUGGAAGACCUUCACCUGAAUAAUCGCCGUGGCCUCCCACUACGGCGCAGCCGGGUCGGGUGCCCGGGCUUCACCCUAAAAUAAGGCCCGAACUGCAGCAGUCGGAGCGGGUCCCUGGGGCGGAGCGCCUAGGGCGGACCCGCGGGAGCGUCUCUUGGUAACCGUUGGUAAGGAGAGGAAGCCCGGAAAGGAGCUUUCGCGCACGCGCCGCGGGGCCGUCCGCGUCUGCGCCUGCGCGCACAGGAGGCGUGGCCAGCGCUGGGCAUGGCGGAGCUAGAGCUGGAGUCGGAGCAGAUCCGUCUGAAGUGUAUUCGUAAGGAGGGCUUCUUCACGGUGCCUCCGGAACACAGGCUGGGACGAUGCCGCAGUGUGAAGGAGUUUGAGAAGCUGAACCGCAUUGGAGAGGGUACCUACGGCAUUGUGUAUCGGGCCCGGGACACCCAGACAGAUGAGAUUGUCGCGCUGAAGAAGGUACGGAUGGACAAGGAGAAGGAUGGCAUCCCCAUCAGCAGCCUGCGGGAGAUCACACUGCUGCUCCGCCUGCGCCACCCCAACAUCGUGGAGCUGAAGGAGGUGGUUGUGGGGAACCACCUGGAGAGCAUCUUCCUGGUGAUGGGUUACUGUGAGCAGGACCUGGCCAGCCUCCUGGAGAAUAUGCCAACACCCUUCUCGGAGGCCCAAGUCAAGUGCAUCGUGCUGCAGGUGCUCCGGGGCCUCCAGUAUCUGCACAGGAACUUCAUCAUCCACAGGGACCUGAAGGUUUCCAACUUGCUCAUGACUGACAAGGGCUGUGUGAAGACAGCGGAUUUCGGCUUGGCCCGGGCCUACGGCGUCCCAGUAAAGCCAAUGACCCCCAAGGUGGUCACUCUCUGGUACCGAGCCCCCGAACUGCUGUUGGGAACCACCACGCAGACCACCAGCAUCGACAUGUGGGCCGUGGGUUGCAUCCUGGCCGAGCUGCUGGCCCACAAGCCCCUUCUCCCGGGCACUUCCGAGAUCCACCAGAUCGACUUGAUUGUGCAGCUGCUGGGGACGCCCAGUGAGAACAUCUGGCCGGGCUUUUCCAAGCUGCCGCUGGUCGGCCAGUACAGCCUCCGGAAGCAGCCCUACAACAACCUGAAGCACAAGUUCCCAUGGCUGUCGGAGGCCGGUCUGCGUCUGCUGCACUUCCUGUUCAUGUACGACCCUAAGAAAAGGGCGACGGCCGGGGACUGCCUGGAGAGCUCCUACUUCAAGGAGAAGCCCCUACCCUGUGAGCCGGAGCUCAUGCCCACCUUUCCCCACCACCGAAACAAGCGGGCCGCCCCAGCCACCUCUGAAGGCCAGAGCAAGCGCUGUAAACCCUGACGGUGGCCCUGGCAUACGCCUGUAUUCCCACACCAUGUCUUCCGGGCGGCAGUGCCCAUGAAGGGUGUUAGGAGCUGACGAGGUGCGUGGGACCCAGCUCAUCCCCUUGACUGACUUCCUCCCACUGUCUGCCCUGAAUCCACUACUGCCCCCCAAAACAGGCAGGGCAUGGAUGCAGGGUGACACGGGGGCACCCUGGAAGGGCGGGUCUGGCGGCCCCAUCUGUGGCUGCAGGGGUCCUGCUGUGUUAGAAACAUGGGACCACUGAGGGGUCUCGUGCGGCUCUCCUCCUCGCUGUACGGGAAGCACGGGACCACUGCUUCUUGGGAGAGGUGGUGGCUGCAGUCCCCCCACUGUCUUCGAGUUGUGGUGGACGCUGGCCUGGGAUCAGCGGGCCCAGACCUUCGUAUCCCCUCUCAGUUGUCUGGGGCUGCCCCGUGCAUGGGUCGGCUGUGGUGACCCCAGGUGGGCCUGGCAGGACUCCAGAUGAGGACAAGAGGGACAAGGUGUGGGGUGGGAGCCACAAUUGAGGAUGCCCCAAGACUACCAAGAGCCCUGGGCUGGGGGCUGAGCUAUAUCCCUGCUCCCCACGGGGGCCCCAAUGGGGGGUCAUGGCUCAGAUGCUGAGCAAAACUGUAGGCUCUUGUUGGAUAAAAGCUUUCUUAACAGACA